AUGGCAAUGGCAAGAGCCCUUAGAACAAGAGCAUGGGCAAGCGUUGCUCGGAGCACCCAUCACAGGUCGCUUCUGCAGCCUGCGCCACGGUUAGUCUGUGGUGCCUCUGCUCUGUGUUCGAGCUGCCACGCUUCCCGAGCAGUUUCCAGAGUUGCAAGAAUUGGGAUAUAUCCACAGGCGAGAUGGUUUGCCGCAGAGCCCAGUUCUGGACAGACUCGGAAUACCACGGAUGUGCAGGAUGCACAGAAAGGUGCAGACAGCCCAGAUCCAAAGCCUGAGGGUGAGCGCAGGCGAACCCCAGAUAGUGUCGUCUUUACCUGGAAGUCAGCAAUUUUCACAUGCUUCGUUGGGGGAGCUUGCGUGUGGUACUUCGACUACCUCAAAGAAAAGAAGGAGGCGGAGUCCCGUGCGAUCACUACCCAGGAGCGAAUUGGCUUGCCUCGUCUUGGUGGACCCUUUGAGCUGGUGGACAGGAAAGGCAACACAGUAACGGAGAAAGAUUUCCUCGGUCAGUACCUGCUGAUCUACUUUGGCUUCACAUUUUGCCCUGAUAUUUGUCCUCAGGAAAUGGAGAAGCAGAGUCGAGCUAUUGAGUUGCUUGAUGAGGAGUUUGGCCCAAUCGCCACUCCAAUUUUCAUUAGUGUCGAUCCCAAGCGGGACAAACCGGCUUUGGUGGAUGACUACUGUAAGGACUUUCACCCGCGGAUUGUCGGGUUGACCGGCACGCCGGAGCAAGUGAAGAAGGUGAGUCGUGCAUACCGAGUGUACUACAAUGAAGGCUUGAAAACCGAUGAAGAGGACUAUUUGGUGGAUCACUCCAUCAUUCAUUACUUCGUUGGAAAGAACGGCAAGUUCAUUGACUUCUUCGGAAAGAACAUGACAGCGAAGGAGAUGGCCGAGAAGAUGCGUGCCCACAUUCGGCAGGAUCAAGAAAAGCGCAAACAGCGCAAGAAGCGUCGCGGGGUGGAGGGCACAGAGGAGGAAGAGGCGUCCGAACUCUCGGUUCUUGAAAUCAAUGAAUGGCUAGACAAGUUCUUUUCGUUGCGGCUCUCCACCAACAUGCUGAUGUCCCAGUAUAUUCAGAUGUCAACGGGCCGUUCUCAAUCAGUAGAUGGAGCCUUCCUUGAUCUGCCGGACAGUCCUUACAGGACUUCGGUUGAUCCACAGUGCAAUAUACCAAGGAUAGCUUCAUAUGCAGCUUCCAUUGUCAGGCAAUUGUCUUUACUCAGGUAUGGUGUUGCUCCGGCCAUUGAAGUUCAUGAUUACGGGACUGAGGCGAUACCGUUUAUUCCCAAGUACUUCUUGUACAUUGCUUCGGAGCUCCUGAAGAACGCCGUGCGAGCAACCGUGGAGUGGCACACACCUCAUGCAGAUGUAGAUGGUGUGUGUGGCGGCGAGGCCAGAAGAAUGCAAAAAGCAACCUGUCAGUUCCAAUUUCUGAUUGAAUGGCAACUGAAGCUUUUGAGGAACCAUUGA